AUGGCAACUCCUGGUGAGGCUCGUGGUUCUGCUACCUUGAAGGCCAUAACAUUCUUUUGUGUGCUUGCAGUUCUUGUAGCUGAUAUCCAGGGGCGUCAUCAUCAUACUUGUCCUCCUUUUUCUUGCGGCCAUCUGCAAGACGUCCGGUACCCUUUCCGCCGGAGAGGUGAUCCAGGCGAGUGCGGAGUUAUAUAUUACAAGCUGGCUUGCACCGAUAGCAGGGCUACCAUUACGAUCAACAGCUGGCCAUACUUUGUGACUGAGAUAAAUUAUGCCAAUUCUUCCUUCUUGGUUGUCGAUGCUAGAUUGGACUUGAGCAGCAGCUGCCCUGUUCCUCAACGGAACCAGGGGGCUUACCAGCUGUAUUACGGUGGUGGCUUUUUGAGGUCAGAAGGCUCGGAGUUAAUGCUUGAACUGGCCCCUCCCUCUUCAAUUGCGUUGGCUACCUUUGUGAAUUGCUCGCGUGAGGUCAGGAACAAUACUCUCUACUCACCAGUUGCUUGCCAUAGCACGAGCUCCUCUUUUGUUUAUGUGCUGAUUGGUGAUCCCACCGACAUUUUCGCCCUCAAGCCUUCCUGUGGAUACCUGGGCCUGGCUGUGAUUGUUCUGGAAGGCGAGAGAUCGCCAUAUUAUGCAAAUUAUCGAGAUGUCAUGGAAUCCAUGAGAAACGGAUUUGCAGUUAGUUUUCCGCAAGAUUUUGCAUGUACUACAUGUGGCUUUGAACAACCCUUGCCGUUGCUCAGUAUUGGCGAAUUAAUCAGUGGAAUGAAGUCUAGAAGAUACACGUGGGAAAAGAUUUUGGAACUUUUGCUAACUCGUUUGUUUCCUCGCAUAACUGGAAAAUAUGCAUAUGCAGCAAUUCCCAUGUGGAUUGCCCAGUGGAUUGCAAUAACUGCUGUACUAUGCAGGUUCAUGCUGCCGCCACUGGUGGUAUUGACAUUCCUUGCCUACAAGUACUGGAGAACAAGGAUAACAAUUGAUGCAGUCGAGAAGUUCUUGCGGAUGCAACAAAUGGUGGGCCCAAUCAGGUACAGCUACACAGACAUCACCGCAGUAACAAGGCAUUUCAGAGAUAAAUUGGGCCAAGGGGGCUAUGGCUCAGUCUACAAAGGUGUUCUUCUCCCAGGAGAUAUCCAUGUUGCUGUUAAGAUGCUAGCAGGUAGCUCCAACUGCAACGGAGAAGAUUUUAUUAGUGAGGUCUCCACCAUUGGCAGGAUCCACCAUGUCAAUGUGGUCCAUCUCAUGGGGUUCUGCUCGGAGGAAAUGAGAAGGGCCCUAAUCUAUGAGUACAUGCCUAAUGGCUCUCUUGACAAAUACAUCUUUUCGUCGGAGAGGAGCUUCUCUUUGGGACAAGCUCAAUGA